CACGGUUGUGGUAGAGAGGGAACAGGCGUUGUUGAAAGGGAGAGGAAGCUGAAACGGCAGUUGGUACGCAAGCUAUUUAUUUUUAACGUUGCUUGCAUCCAUUGCUAUUUCCUAAUGGCAACGGAGGAUAAAAGGAAAUCUGUGCCGCAGGCUGAAUCAGAAGUCGGUUCGUUACCGACACCUCAUGGCUACAAUAACAAUAAUAACAACAACAACAAUAAUAACAAAGAUAGCGAGGGAAGCGAGAAUACGACCACGGCCACUUCGAGCGCUACCGCAUCGAGCGGGACAGGAACUCAUAGCAUCGGGAACGGCUCUGGAGUCAACCCUACAGUGGGAAAUAACGGGAAAUGGGUCCGGUUGAACGUCGGCGGCACAGUAUUCCUCACAACGCGACAUACCCUACUCAAAGAACAAACGUCCUUUCUCUAUCGGCUCUGUCAACACCAGGACUUACAUUCGGACACGGACGAGACAGGGGCCUAUGUGAUAGACAGAGACCCCACCUACUUCGGCCCUAUCCUUAACUACCUGCGACACGGCAAACUGGUCUACAACAAGGAGCUGGCUGAAGAAGGUGUGUUAGAGGAGGCUGAGUUCUACAACAUCACUCCUCUGAUAAAACUGAUCAAGGAGAGGAUCCUGGAGCGGGACUGUAAAGUCACACAGCAGGUGCCUCCUAAACAUGUGUACCGGGUGCUGCAGUGCCAGGAGGAGGAGCUGACCCAGAUGGUUUCCACCAUGUCAGACGGCUGGAAGUUUGAGCAGGUCAGCGUGCGCACCUGCAGAAAGCCCCGCACCGGACUGCUCUGGACUAUGGUAAACAUUGGUUCGUCGUAUAGCUAUGGGACAGAGGACCAGGCAGAGUUUCUGUGUGUGGUGUCCAAGGAGCUACACACACCUGGCUCAGGCCUGGGCACCGAACAGAGCCACAAGACCAAGGCUUCAGAGGUGCAGCAGGAGAAAGGAGCGCAGGAUGAGGUGGAGGGAAGAGAGAGAAAUACCACCCCGAAUGAGUGGAUAAGGGAAUGACAGUCUUGUGUCAGUUUUCCAAAGACGUGAAUGGCUUUUUCAGAUCCAUGGAUCCCGGAUGUACUAGAGAGAAUUGUACUGUUUUAGCUUGACAUUUCAUUUUGUGUGUGUUGACAUAUGUUUUAUCAUUGUUGUUGCUUCUGGAGAAAAAAAAACAGAAGUGCUCAAACAUUAUUUUUCAAAGAUUAUCGAAGUGUCCCUCUCACCAGCAGCGAAACACCAACAUUUCAAAGUGUGUAGAGAGAGAUAUGUAAAAAAAAAAAAAUGUUUUAUUUAUUUAUUAUCAUUUAUAAUUUUUUUAAUGUAUUUUAGUUCUAAUCACUUAAGCCAUGGAAGUUAGUGAAUCUUAGUAAAAUAGAUUUGACCAAAGACAAUGGUUAAAAGCACUGCAAAUCAAUGUGCUCAUCCAAAUGUGAAAAAUGGUAUGAAAUAUGUGGAAUCUGACUCAUAAGUAAGUUGUUGUUGUAUGCAGUAGUUCUGACUUGUCUGAUGCUUGAUACAGUAGUGAGACCUGGGCCUGAGCCUGUGAUGUGGCAAUGUCCUGUCUCUGAUACUGCUCUGCUGCAGUAGAGAUUGACAGUGAGACUCACACAGAAAGACAGACAGAUGUCAACUAACUGGCCACAGUCAGCACCACAAAAAAACUCUUCCCCCUUACACACACUCCCUUACGCCCUCUCACAGACACGCGCACGCACACAGUCUUGUAUAAUUAACUUUGUUUGGACACACAAUUCAGUCCCAUUCAAAAUCCUAUUUUUCCUAACCUUAAGUAUAGUUAAACACGUACACACACACACACACACACACACACACACACACACACACACACACACACACACACACACACACA